CUCUCUGCCCUCACCCUGCCCCAGGCUCGAUGCGGGCCGGCGCUGGCCAUGGAGAAGCUGUACCUGGCGGGGAGCAGCACCUGGACCAUCAACAGCUCCCUGGGGAACGGCAGCCUCCGGCCGGAGAACCUGAGCGCAGGCAGGAACAGCAGCGCCGACCCCCUGAAGAGGAACGAGGACAUGGCCAAGGUGGAGGUGACAGUCCUGUGCCUCAUCCUGUUCCUCGCCCUGACCGGCAACCUGUGCGUGCUGCUGGCCAUCCACACCACCCGCCACAAGCACUCCCGCAUGUACUUCUUCAUGAAGCACCUGAGCAUCGCUGACCUGGUCGUGGCCAUCUUCCAGGUGCUGCCCCAGCUCAUCUGGGACAUCACCUUCAGGUUCUACGGGCCAGAUUUCCUCUGCCGCUUGAUCAAGUACCUGCAGGUGGUGGGAAUGUUCGCCUCCACCUACAUGCUGCUGCUGAUGUCCCUGGACCGCUGCUUGGCCAUCUGUCAGCCACUGAGGUCCCUGCACAGGAGAGCGGACCGGGUCUCUGUCCUCCUCACCUGGCUGCUGUGCCUGCUCGUCAGCAUCCCUCAGAUCCACAUAUUUUCUCUAAGGGAUGUGGGGAAUGGGGUUUAUGACUGCUGGGCAGAUUUCAUCCAGCCCUGGGGGCCGAAAGCCUACGUUACCUGGAUCACCCUCAUGGUCUAUAUCAUCCCUGUGUUGAUGCUGAGCAUCUGCUAUGGCUUAAUCAGCUUCAAAAUCUGGCAGAACGUGAAGCUGAAGACGGCCCACGGGCCCAGCGUGGCUCUGGGCUCAGGCUCCCGAGGUGGGAUGGUGUUUGCCAGGGUCAGCAGCACCAGGCUCAUCUCCAAAGCCAAGAUCCGGACAGUCAAAAUGACCUUUAUCAUCGUGCUGGCGUUCAUCGUGUGCUGGACUCCCUUCUUCUUCGUGCAGAUGUGGUCAGUGUGGGACAGCAACGCCCCGCAGGAAGCCUCCCCCUUCAUCAUCGCCAUGCUCCUGGCCAGCCUCAACAGCUGCUGCAACCCCUGGAUCUACAUGCUCUACACCGGGCACCUCUUCCAUGACCUGAUGCGCCGCUUCCUCUGCUGCUCCACGCGCUACCUGAAGUCGCGACCGGGCUGUGACCUGAGCAAGAAAAGCAACUCCUCGUCCUUCGUGCUCAGCUGCAGGAGCCCGAGCCAGAGGAGCUUCGUGCAGCCGCCCACGACGUGAGGCCGUGGCAGCGGG